AUGGCAGACGAGGUCUUUCCAAUCAUUGAUUUAUCUCAAGACGAUAACUGGCCAGAUUCAAAGGGUCCCGAGAUCGUCGAAGCCUGCAAGAAAUGGGGUUUCAUGAUAUUGACAGGCCAUGGGAUUCCUAAGGACACCAUUGACUCUAUGUUUGAGAUGCAUCAAGGCUUCUGUAUGCUUCCAGAAAAGAAAAAGCUCCGGUGCGUUAUCGACGAACGCCAAAUUGGCUACGAUUUGAAGCGCUCUAAAAUCGGCAUGAACGAAUGCAUGGUAUUUGGUGGUGUUAAGGGCGAUAUUGUUCAGGGAGACAAUAUACAUCCCUGGUGGGACGCCGAGAAACGAGCCAAAGUGGAGGAAUUUAAGGAGAUGGCUCACAACCUCGGCCUUGAACUGCUUAAAGUGUUUGCUACGUCUUUUGGGCUCGAUCCAGAAUAUUUCACCUCUGCUCACAAUAUGAACCAAGGCCCAGGAAGCGUGCUCCGGAUGCUACACUAUCCAAAGCUAGGUGAGAAGCCCAAGGAAGAUUUUCCACGCCUCUAUUCGCAUACGGACUGGGGAUCUUUGACGUUCGUAUGGCCUCGUUCUGGAGGACUGGAAGUCGAGACCCCGUCGAAGAGAUGGCUUGAGGUUCCAUUGAUCCCUGACUCCAUCGUGGUCAAUGUCGGUGAUGCCAUGUCUUUGUGGAGUGGACAGGCUCUGAAGUCUACACUGCACAAAAUCUCGUUCGACAACCUUCCAAUUGGCCAGACCAGAUGGUCUAUGGCCUACUUUGUUAAUGCAAAUACUCAUGCCAAGUUGGAAAUCCUGAAGCGAGAGGAGGAUGGCAGACUCACACUCUCAUCUGACCAGGACACGGUCCUCACGGCUGGUGAAUACCACCAGGCCAGACUGUACAUGUCGCAAAAGGAAGAUGCAAAGAAUAAUUGGAUUGGGCAGUCAGAUCUGUCUAUGUUAAACACAGCUCAUAAGCUUGCUUCUGUCGUUGAAAAGCUGGGUGUUGCAAAUGGGUCUGGCCUG